AUGUUAUCGGUGUUCCAUUACCUGUGGUGUGCGCAAACUUGGCUCCUGCCUUGGUUCUGCACUGCGAAAAGCAACAGGGAGACGGAUUGGCCUCAGCAUGAUCCCGGAUCAUGUCAGCGGUCGCAAAGGCAAGGACGACGUGUACGUGCGAAGCAACGAGGGCUUAUUUUGUCGAGCGAGGUGAUUCCCAAUGAGCAGGAUGAAGCUUUCCAGGUGGAUGCCGCUCGUCCGACGGAUCCGGACAUUUUGUCGAGACGAAGCUAUCCUGGCCGACCUGCAGGAAAGUUUCUUGGUGCUCUGGGCAAUCUCAAGAUGAAGACUGUCUAG